AUGCUCAAGAGCGAGACGGCGUGGAGCGAAAUCUUUCUCGAAAUCCACACGACCCUGUUGAGCAACACCAGGAUCGUUUUCCUGCCACCGAACACCACCACGUUCACCCAACCCCUUAACCAGGGGAUCAUCGCCACCGCCAAGGCCCGCUACCGCCAGCACUGGUUGCGGGCCUUCAUGGCUUUGUGGGCGGCGGAGGGUGCCACAAGCGACGCUGCGCGGUUUCGCCCGAACCUGCGCGACGUGCAUGCGUGGCUCGCGGACGUGUGGAUGAGCGUCGGUCCGCGCACCAUCCAGCGGUGCUGGUGGCGCACGGGAUGCCUCCCGCAUUCAUGGGCCAUGGAGCUGCCGCAUGUGCACAUUGACGAGCCUACCCCGUCAGCCUUUCCCGAGAUCGAGCUCAAAGAUGAGAUUGGCAACGUCGGGAAUCUCAUUUCGGGCCUCGGCCUCGGGCCAAGCGCGAUGCCGGCUGCUGAGUACGUCGCCAUCGACGACGGUCAGCCAACGUGCGCUGAGACUACCGAGCACCCGCUGGCGAGAGGGCCUGGUGCAAACUUGGUGGUGGAAAUGUGGGAGGCGCCCACCACCAUGCAAGCCGUGUACGAUGACUCCGACCCCGUAGGCCGUGAUGCGCGGCGUACGGCACGGGCGGCAUGCGAGAUGCUGAUAGAGGAGGGGGAGGAGGAGCUGCAGCUAUCCCAGGAGAUGAGGCACGCACUGUGGCUGCUGCAGCUGCUCUCAUUUCGACUCAUCUUGCAGCACCCGCUGCUCUCCUCUGCUCCCACCUUCACGCCCUGCUGUGCCUCCAAAACCUGA